GAGAGAGAAAUACAAGACCUAACCUCAAAUACCCGUCCUUCCUUAAAUGUCAAAAUAUUCAUUUUGAUGCGUUAAAAAUAAGAAAAAAAAAAGAAUGAAUUUCUCCUAUUUAAACAGUUUGGAGGCAGUGAUAACGCAUUUUUUUAAAUUUUCUAUUACGUUCUUGAUGUGUAAUUUUUGACGGAGAAAAAACAUUUCUUUUUUGGGAAAUAGAGAAAAAAAAAACUAGUUUUGAAGUGCAAGUGUUUAGAAAAAAAAAGUCAAGAUAAUUUUCUCAAUCACUGUCAAUUGUUUUACGCAAGAUUUAUAAAGAUUUUUGAAGAAAUAAGAUAGUGAAUUUUUAUCCAAAAAAGAAGAAAGUAUGUUACAUCGUUGAGAAGAAAAGGAAAAAAAAAAUUUUUUUUCGAAAGUGGUAAUGGCUUCGAUUUUUCGACGUUGGCGAGUAUGGAUUUUACCAGUGUUGACGUGUCUUUAUGCACUCAUUAUUGUUGUACUUGUGCCUAUUUUAAUUGCCAAUUCAAUUAAAAAUGGAUUUAAAAAGCAAGAUCAAGGAGCAUUGGUCGGCGGUGCUUUUGUUCUUCUUGCAUUGCCAAUUGCUUUUUAUGAAAUAAUUCAACAUAUGAUUUAUUUCACUCAACCAAAUUUACAAAAAUAUAUUAUUAGAAUUCUUUGGAUGGUGCCAAUUUAUGCAGUAAAUGCGUGGUUGGGAUUAAUGUUUCCGGAAGGAUGUAUGUAUGUUGAUAGUCUCAGGGAAUGUUAUGAGGCCUAUGUUAUUUAUAAUUUUAUGAUGUAUCUAUUGGCCUAUUUAAAUUCCGAUCAACAAUUAGAACAUCGAUUAGAAAUUUCAUCGCAAGUUCAUCAUAUGUUUCCACUGUGUUGCCUUCCAAAUUGGCAAAUGGGACAUGAAUUUGUUCACAUGUGUAAACAUGGAAUUCUUCAAUAUGCAGCUGUUAGGCCUAUAUCGACAUUAAUUUCAAUUAUUUGUGCAUUGAAUGGAGUUUACGGUGAGGGAGAAUUUCGUGGCGAUGUAGCUUUUCCUUAUAUGGUGGCUUUUAACAAUUUUUCACAAUUUGUGGCGAUGUAUUGUUUAGUAUUAUUUUAUCGAGCAAACGCCGAGGCAUUACAGCCAAUGAAACCAAUUGGAAAAUUUUUAUGCAUAAAGGCAGUUGUAUUCUUUUCCUUCUUCCAAGGAGUAUUAAUUGCCAUACUCGUAUACUGCAAUGUUAUUUCCAGUAUAUUCGACACAGACAAUACUAAAGAUAUUAGACAAAUUUCGUCCAAGUUGCAAGAUUUUUUAAUUUGUAUAGAAAUGUUUAUAGCGGCAGUGGCGCAUCAUUAUAGUUUUAGUUACAAGCCAUUUGUUAAUUUGGCCCAAACUCAACCGUGGUGGGACGCUUUUAGAGCAAUGUGUGACGUAUCGGACGUUCAUAAUGACAUUAAAGAACAUUUGGGAGUUGUGGGAUCGUCAUUGAGUCGUCGUAUACGUGGUCGAAAUUUAUAUCAACAACCAUGGGGUAGUGUCACUGAAAGAACAUCAUUAUUACCAGAAACACAAGCACCAAGAAGUGCACCGGGUUCUUCAAUAUCCGGUUAUCAUUCCGGUGAAUCUGGUCAUAGUUCCGGUUCAAGUGAGUGUCUCCUCGCUGGCGAUGAGCCCUCAAUAGAAUUAAAUAAGGACAAUACAAAUACAAAUUCAAUUAAUGCGUAGAAAAAGUUUUUUUUAAAUUUUAUAUACAAUUUUUGCAAAUCUA